CAAUUAUAUCUUCCAAAUCGUCCACACUAACAAUCCACCCUUCUCCCUUUCUGACCCCUCAAACGAAAUAGUUGAUUUGGCGCCCCUUAUUCAACCAUAAACAAUUGAGAUUGGACAGGAACGGACUAACUGAAACCUAAUGGUCUCAAAGCAAAUUCAGAAAUUAACCCGUAAGAAAUUGAAUAAGAGAAGAGCGAAAGCACCCUUUACCUAGGCAUCUGCCAGGGAAUUAGAAAGCCCGGGCUUCAGAGGCCUUCUUUGAAAGGGAGAGGUUAGAAUAUGCUCGACCGAAGGAAUGAACUAGUGAGCCCUAAGGAACGAAGUUUCUCGAAUCAAAGGAGGCAAGAAAGAACAAAAGUACACUCACAUAUUUUGAACCCAAAUCACAGCGAUGGGAAAGGUAGGCUUGGAAGUUUAGUUAGAAGGUAAACCAACUCAACAACAUAUAUAUCCGAGGGUGGUAGACCGCCUCCGCAUCAAUUCGAUAAAUCUGCAAUUGAGCAUGGAGCAGCAGGACAAUCUGCUGGAAACCCAACUUGAAAUUGAAAGGCAGAUAGAAAGAUUCCUUUCCUUUGGCUUUUUAAGAAAUAAGGCUUCGUAAGCAGCAUGCAUCGGUCCGUAGAACCUAUAAAAAAGAGAUGGUUGUGGCGCGAAGUAUUUAAAGUAGCAGUCGAAAUAGCAAUAGGAGUCGCAGGAGAAGUAUAGGAAGCUCCUGGGAAUACCAUGGUAAGAAUGAGGCCAAGCCAAUCUUCCUACACGUAGUUAUACACUUUAGACAUUAGUAAUAAUGGAAGGGAUUCUUAGUCAUCUUUUCGUUAUUUCAAAUCAAAUGAUAAAAGAUCUUUGAAUGAGAAAAAUCUCUUUUUUCAUUCCAUUACUCUUUUUGUUAAACCUUCUAUUUACAAAUCCUUAUAUGACUCUAGAUCAUUAGCAAAAUAAGAAUUUGUGAGAAAAAAUAGAGUCCAUCAACUAGAAAUAAAGAAUAGGUCACGAUAUAUAAUCAAUUUUUACUUUUUCCGCAUCGGGCAUUCAAUAAGUUAUAUGGGCAAAGGGAAUAAGGUAUUUUGCGUCUUUUGUUGAUCAGGCGACACCCGGAUUUGAACCGGGGGGAAAAGGAUUUGCAGUCCACCGCCAUACCGCUCGGCCAUGUCGCCAAAUUAAUACAAAAGAAAGGAAAGUAUGCCAUUUGGGGUGGUACUCAAAUUUGCAUCUUAACCCCCAUUUUCAUUUUCUUAACCUUAAGCCCCCUCCUAUAAAUUUCAACUUAUGGAAUGGUGAUGUUGUGCACUUGGGUAGAGACGGGUGAGAUUUGUGCCAACGUGGUCUCCAUUAACAGCUCAAAUCUUGUGCUCAAUGAGGUCCCAGUACUUAUUCUUGGAGCUAGGCUAAAACUCGUCCACAUCUCCCUCCUGUCCGAACGAUCAUCUCCCGUCGUCCCGGAUAAUAGUAUCAAAGUAUCUACUCAGCGUGAAGCAUCCUUACCUCUUAUAGCAUCCCAAUGCGUUGAUCCAACUGCUACCAACUCCCACUGUUGCCCUAAAAUAGCUAUUCAGUUCUUCAAUUCCCUGCCUAAAGUCGCUGGAGCUUCUAACUAGGAUGAAUGCGCUAACUAUGGAUAUGAUACAAUAAUUAGACCGAUUUUAUAUCACCCUUCAAUUCGAAUUAGCAAAAGCAAUGUCUCCUUUCAUAAUAUGCUUGCUACAGUUAAGCGAUCCUCUUCGGAUAAUUCGUCCAACCCCAGGAUGGCAAUAAUGUUCUGGAGUUCUUUGUAACGUUGUAAAGUUUGCUUAACUCUUUGUGCAGUUUCAUAAUGGUUGAUAAUCCAUCCAGCACACUAAAUAUAUUUGAAAAAUUGAGUCAAUUAUAUAUUUUUUUCCAUACGAAACUAUCACCGAUGUGUUGUAUAAUCUUUUCCCCAAAUUUUAGAAGUGUCCCGAGACACCCUAAAGCCCCAUAUAUCCGCCCCUAUGAAACCACUAAAGCCCCAUGCAUAGCCCUUGGCUUCAUUGCAACAGACUCGUACAUGUCCUAGCAUCAUGUAUAUAUAGAGAUGAUUAUUUAUUGCAACAGCCUGUAGUGUCCUUGCUUCGUGGGGAGCAUAGAACAGAAAAUUGAUGCUUGGAGAAGAAAGAAGUGAGGAGAGAGGUUGUACAACGAGUUUGGCCGGUGGGAUGUUUAGGGAGGGAGGUGAGAUGGAAAAUAGAUGCUUGGACAAAAUAGUGACCAGUGGGGUUUUCCAACAAGGGGGAGGAUGGCAUUAUUUAUUGCAACAACCUGUAGUUUUUUCUUCCCUUUACUUUCCCUAUUCUUUAAUAAUUUUAUUUACCUAAUGUUUGGCAAUAAGGGGGUGCAAAUUCGAGGGGCAAAAUACUUAUUUACCUAUGCUUUUAGUUGGCCCGAAUACUUGUUUACCCAUCCAAUACUUGGUAAAAAAAAGUAAUGAGUCAUUAUUGUUUACCAAAUAAUCAGGAGGGAAAACGAAAAAAUCUGGUUUUAGAUUUCUUUAUUUACUUUUUUCUCUAUGUUUGAUUUUCUCAUUCUUUAAUAGUUUUAUGUGCACUAUGUAGGCAACAAGGUGAGCAAAUUUGAGGGACCAAAACCACUAGAUUACCUGCGCCUUUAAUUGGCUCAAAAUACCCAUUUAUCUAUCCUCAAGUGGCAAAAAACUAACGAUGUCCAUUAUUGUUUACCUAAUGGUCAGACGGUAUGUUUUUUUUAUUUCAUUUACUUUUCUUAUUCUUUAAUAAUUUUAUUUACGAAAUGUUUCAAUGAGGCCCAUGACUAAUACCAAGUCUUGCCACACGAAAACGGGGAAAAAUUAUUUAGAGUCGGGAUAUAGGAUUUUUAACAUGUUAUUUAUCGUGAGAAAAUUGUUCCCCGUGACUAGAUGUCAACCAUUAGUUACAGUAUUUGGUUGAUUCUCUCGUGUCUUGAUACUUACACAUGGUACUUAACAGAUAUUUUUCAAAAUUAAUUACGCCUAUUUUUUUUUCUUUUUUCCAAUGCUUCGUAUGUGAACUUGUAGUAUUGAAAGUCAGUACAAAUGAUAUCCCCUUAAUAGUCAGAACAAAGUCAUUACAAAGGAAGUUGAUGUAUCAAGCUUGCCCUCUUGUCCAUAAUACCAGUCUUCUCCUUCAAAUCUUUUUAUUUGUUCCCUACAGGAAACAGUUCAGUUCCCUUCUUCUUUUCUUCCUUCUUCCUCCAAUUUCUACCCUUCUCUUCCUUCAAGUUGCAUCUAUUUGAUCUCCACCCUCUCCACCACUAAGCCAAUUUAUUUUCAUCACGUAUCCAAAUCAACAACUCCUUCUUCACUCCUUCCCUGGCGCAUCUCUUCUGAGAUCUAUCCACAACCACAACCAUCAAUAGGUCGACAUAAGCCUUAGGCAAGGUCAGAUAUACCUAUCUUCCGUGAGGUAUGUUCUAGAUAUGAAAACUAAUGUGCCAGGUUCUUUUAUUCACCUUCGAUUUUGAUUAUUAUUAUUUUACUUUCUUUUUUUAUGGUUUUGUUUCUAAAAGGAAUUAGAGAGAGAGGCGUCCUAUGCAAAUAACCUAUUUGUUUCAGAAGGUAUACAGAAAUAAAUAAAUAGCUUUUAGAUGCAAAUAACCUUAGCCUCUAUAGCCAAGUUUUCUUGUAGUGUUCGGUGGCGGAUCCAAAUUAAAUUUAAAAUUAAAAAAUAGUACAAAUUUUAACGAAAGUCCAGGACGUGUUUUCAUAUUCUGGAAAAAAAAAAUAUAUAAUUGACUCAGUUUUUCAAAUUUUUUGAGUGUGCCAAAUGGAUUAUCAAUUAUAUUUUUUUGUCCAUACGAAACUAUCACCGAUGUGUUGUAUAAUCUUUUCCCCAAAUUUUUAGAAGUGUCCCGAGACACCCUAAAGCCCCAUAUAUCCGCCCUGGUUUCAUUGCAACCCUAAACCUCCAUAUAUCCGCCCCUAUGAAACCACUAAAGCCCCAUGCAUAGCCCUUGGCUUCAUUGCAACAGACUCGUACAUGUCCUAGCAUCAUGUAUAUAUAGAGAUGAUUAUUUAUUGCAACAGCCUGUAGUGUCCUUGCUUCGUGGGGAACAUAGAAAAGAAAAUUGAUGCUUGGAGAAGAAAGAAGUGAGGAGAGAGGUUGUACAACGAGUUUGGCCGGUGGGAUGUUUCGGGAGGGAGGUGAGAUCAAUGGCCGAUCUAGGGCUGGGCCACCCCGGGCCCCGGCCCAGCCCUCUUGCGGUUCCGAAUUGGUAUAGUACGUAUGAAUUUUUCGAUAUUAGGUGUUCGGUCUAGUGCUAUUUAAAUUCGGUCCAAUAUUAUUUCAUAAUAGGAUUUUGUGUAACUUGAAAAAUUGUAUAGAUGAACAUAUCCAAACCACUACUCUCAAUUUAGACUAAAAAUUCUAGCCCAAAUAAUUUUCAUUUGACAAGAAUAAAAUGAACAAUGAAACUUAAAAGUCUUACUCAUAAAAGACUAAAAGUAUAAAGUUUCAUUGAAAUAAAAACCUCUAAACUAAACCUCAAACUUCUCUGUCAAAACUCAAAAAAUUCCUCCAAUAGAAAAAAAAAUAGAACGAUGAGACGAACGAACCCGAAACGGAUUCCUUCGCUAGUUCGUCAGGAGCUAAUUUUCUUUCGAGUUUUUUGAUGAAGAAAAUAUUAAAAAACUUGUUGAGUCAUCAUUUAAAUUGCUUCAGUUGAGGGGUUCACUAGAUCCUAAAAUUUAUUUAUGUUUUUUUAUGAAGAAAAUAUUAACAAACUAGCUCAAGAGUUUAUCCUCGAGACUUUGAAGGCUAUUAGAUGCAUUCUUUGAAGAAUGAUCUACGAUAUUAUACCGCUCAUGUGGUUCAUAGCCAGGAAUAUGAAGUUUCUUCUCUUGCAAAAUUACUAGAGAAGCUGGUGGAAACAAGAAUGGAUACACACUACACAUUGAUUUGUCAGUUGAUUCGUCUAGUGUUAACCUAGCUUGUUUCAACGGCUACUACGGAGAUAAUAUUUUCAUCAAUGAAACAUGUGAAACUUA